AUGUUCUUCCGCCACUACUACUCUCUCUUCCUCACCCUCCUAAUGACCCUAUGCCUCGCCUCAUCCACUCCGUCGCCUUUCCCAUGUACUGGCGGCUCUAUAUACUUCACCGCCCACACCGUCGACAGCCUACUCUUCCAAAACCCGGACGUCCUUCAUGAUCUGUUCGUAUUCAAGUGCGUUACUACGGUCGCGUUCAAUGCGGAUACGGGAGGUGAGGCGAGGAAUGAUACGAGGAGGGAAGAGCUGGAGUAUGGAUUAGGAAGGUCAUAUGAGAUUAUGUCUAGCGCGUCGUUGAGGGGAGGAGGGGGCAGUGUUCACAACAACACGACGAUUCGACUCGGCAAACACGAUAUCGCUGCUUCGCCUCUUCUGGGUCUAUCCAAUGUCCAAAUCCUCUUUCUUCGUCUACCAGACAGCACGUAUUACGGUCAGGGAUAUAGUGCCUACCGAGAGCAGUCGUUGAAAAUGCUAUACAGCGCAGACAUUUCUCACAUCGUUGCCACCGACGGAGCUGCUACGUAUACUAUCAGAGAUUUAAAAGAGAUCAUCGCCGCCAUCCUUCGUGAGAGGCGUGCAGACGAAAUCCACGUCCUGAAUUACCUGGCGUCUCUCUCGACUGGCCAAGACGACUAUCAACUCGAACAUGCCGACCGUAUCAUAUCUGCCAAGCUCGUCAUGGAUGUUGUCAAGGAGGAGGGUAUUGAGGCAAGAGUUGUAGCACACGGCUGUGACGAAGUUCGCAAUCAGGAGGUCAAUCUCAACACUCCUGAUUACAUCAACAAGGUCAAUGCCUUUUUCGAAUACGCCAAGUACGAUCCUGACAUGUGUCAGAGUGUCGAUGAGUGUGGAGAGCGGCUCUCAAACGCAGAUACGUCCACUAGUGGCUACAAUGAGUUCGAUUACAUCUAUGAGUUCCUAAAGCGAGAGUACUACGUCAUUUAG